AUGGCUGCCGCCAAAAUUGAAGAGAUGGUUUAUGAAGACAGGAUCAGUGCUUUACCAGAAGAUCUGCUUGUGACAAUACUGUUGCAUGUCCCGAUUAAAGAUGCAAUUGCCACCAUGAUUUUGUCUAAACGAUGGCGCUUUAUCUGGACGAUCCUGCCUAAACUUGAGUAUGAUUUCUUUUCUGAUGGUGAUGAAGAUGACGAUGAUAAAGUUGUUGAUAAUGAUGAUGAUGAUGAUGAUGAUGAGAGCAAGAAAACUAGUUGGUGUUUUUUUGAUAAGUCAAUGGAACUCCACAAAGCGCCUGUUUUAACAACCUUGCUUAUCAAACUUGGUCCUGGAUGUUCUAGUGAUAUUGAUGUCAGAAAGUGGAUUGCUAAAGCUGUUGAUCGCCGAGUGGUUGUGCUAAGAUUCAAGCUUUCAUGCUCCAACGGCCCAACCAGAUUGCCUAAAAGAAUUUACACAUGUGGAACACUCAAGGAACUAACUCUCGCUCACAAAGUUCUUUUGGAUUUCCCAUCGUCUUGUUUCCUCCCAUCCCUCGUGUUUCUUGAACUUCUCUUUGUGGUCUAUAAAGACGAUGCUUCUCUUGAUAGGUUUUUUUCGCGUUGUCCAGUUCUUAAUAUUUUGGUGGUGAAACGAAACAGACGAAACAGGGAUGACAAUAUAACAAAGUUUAGUGUGAAAAUUCCUUCUUUAGAAGGCUUAUUCUAUGUUAGUGAUGAGAUUAUUUCGUCACUGCCAGAUGAGGAUGAGGUAGUAGAUACCGGUAAGUGUUUGGCUAUAGAUACUCCGGCAUUAUUAGACUUAACCAUAAUUGAUCAUUCUGGAGACUCUUUCUCGAUUGAGAAUAUGCCUUGUCUUGAGUUUGCAUUAAUCAAUGUAAAGUCUUUCCCCGAUAUCGACAAGUCGAAAACAUCUCUUUCAGCAGUCCGGUCUCUUGUGUUGUAUAUGACCGAUCAAGUGGUAGCUCUCUAUCUCUUUAUCUGUGUAACAAACCUAUUUUGCCCUUUAGCACCGUCAAGUUCUCUCGACUUAUGA